ACCAAAUUUACCAAUAUAAUUAUUUAAUUUGAUCAUUUUGAUGUGUAUAUAUAUAUAUAUAACAACAUUAAUAUCAUCAAACCUUAGCAUAUGCCGCCUUUCUCAUUUUUUUCCAACCCUUUUGAUCCCUCUCUCUCUAGGUUUGAUCUUUCUCUCUCUAAAAUAUGAGUCCGGUUUACUUGAAUCACCCUCAAACUUCAUCUCCUAUACCUUUCUUUGAGUUAAAAGGAGAUCAUACACAACAUAGUUUCCAAGUCUUUGGUCAUUUACAUCAUGAAGAAUCCCACAACCGCGAUGAAAUCUUAUCUCUUGAUUAUUCAAGGCAUGAACAAAAAAAGGUUGGAAAGCUAGUUUUGUCCCAUGAAAAUAAAGCAAAUGAUCUUGGACAACCAUGCUCACCAUGGCUUCAAAACACCAUUGGAGAUGAUAGUGGAUGUAGUUAUGGCUAUUCAUUCAAGGCGAAAAUCGAAACUCCAGUGAACUAUAACAAUGAUCAAAAUAAGUACUCUAGAUCAAAAUGGAAGCCCUCAAAGGUGAGAAUAAUGCAAAAAAUAGCAACCUCUAAAGACUCAAGAGAUAGCAAGAAGCAGCUUGAUCAUGAUCUUUCCAAACGCCAAAACAAUGAUGGGAUAAGAGUGUGCUCAGAUUGUCAUACUACUACAACCCCACUUUGGAGAAGUGGACCUCAAGGCCCUAAGUCUCUUUGCAAUGCAUGUGGAAUAAGACAAAGGAAAGCUAGAAGGGCAGCAAUGGCAGCUGCAGCAGCAGCAGGAUUUGGCAAUGAUAAUGCAGUUGUGCCAUCGAUUUCGCCACUGCCUGUGGAAACUCCCAAGCCAAAGGUUCAAGUGAUAAAAACAGAAAAAGGCUUAGAUGAUAAUAAUCAUCAUGAUAAAAGCCAUACAUUACCUCUCAAGAAAAGAAGCAAAGUUAUUGAUGCUGCAAGAAAUAACAAUAAUUAUACUCAUAAUAACACAUCUAAUAAUGCAAAGAAGCUUUGUUUUGAAGAUUUUGCCUUGAGCUCAAACAUGGAUUAUCUUAAGGCUAAUUCUAAGAGAUCCUUUCCUCGCGACGAAGAAGAAGGAGCCAUACUCUUAAUGGCACUUUCUUGUGGAUUAGCUUGCUCUCUAUAGAAGUUAUUAAGUUUUAAGGAUUAUUAAGUAGUGCAUUUCCUAAGAAAUUUUGAGUGGUGUUUAUUUAUUUUUAUUUUCAUUGUUUUUUGUUCAAUUUGUUUGAGAGAAGAAGAAAUUAAAGAGUGGAUGUAGACAACUACCUAAACUACGUACUUUAGGAAUAGGACGAUAUAUAGCCAGGCCAGCAUGGGUUUUGUACUUGCUAGCUAGCUUAAUUGUGAGAGAAUAGAGAUAAAAGUUUGUUGAUUUAUUAAUUAGUAGUAUAAGAAUGUUAUGGAAAAUAAUAAUAAGAUUUAUUAAUACUAAUGAAA